GCUUCCAACUCUGCCUCGCCCUCGCUCUCCUCGUUUCACACUUCUCCGCUCUCGCCCUCGCCCUCGCCAUGGCUGACAACCAAGCGCCGCCGCCGCCGCCGCCGCCCGCCCCGGAGAGCCCCACCGCGCCGCAGACCGCCGUUCACCGGCCGGAUCUUAUCCCGGACUUGAACCGCCCGUCGUUGGAGUCGAUCCUGAUGGCGAACGUGGAGGAGGCCGUCGCGGCGUUCCCCGGCAGGGUGGACUCUCUGCGGCAAUCGUACGACCGCCUCGUCGCCUCCUCCCCCUUCCUGAUACCCUUCUUCUGGGGGAACAUGGAGGGCUACGUCGGCUCGGCGCAGGGCUACCUCUCGCGCGGGCUCGCCUCGCUCCACGGGCAGGGCCAGGUCCGGCACGGCGACGGCGACGGCGCCGGCCCCUCCGGUCAUGCUGGUAUCGCCGUCGCCGCCGUCGAGGCGGGCGGCGAGGGCAUGGAAGGAGGAGCAUCUUCUGUUGCCGAUGAACAGGGCGGCGGAGAUGGCGCCGCCAUGGAGGAGGAGGCGGUUGCGCCGGUUGAGGAGGAGAGGGAGAUCAAGGCGGUGGCCGUGGGAGAGGUUGCUGCUGAUGACAAGGACAGCGGCGAGGUCGCUGUCAAGAAGGAGAGGAAAGAAGCCAUGGAUUUGUUUCCUCACCAAGGUGAUGAUGACGCAUCGGUGGAGCCGAAGGUGGACGCCCUCCACCUGCUCGCCACCGCCACCGCCGCCAACGCCGACGCCGACGCCGACGCCGACGCCGACGCCGACGACUUUAACCACGUCGGGAUGGAAAGCAAGGGUAAGGGCAAGUCUCCUGACCUGGACAUCAAGGUCGAGGCCAUGGAUCCGUCGCCCGAGCAGGGUGCUGACAUGCAGGCCGUGGUGACCAUGGCGGAGACAGAGGAUGCGGCGAAGAAGGCGUUCGACGCCAUCGACAAGGUGGGGAUCCCUUUGAUGGACAGGACUGAGGAGGAAGAAGAAGAAGGAGAAGCAUACCUGGAGGUGCCUCUUGACCAAGCCAUGGAGAUGGAGGUGCAUCCUGACCAAGCCAAUGAAGAAGCAGUAAUGGAGGAGGUGUCUGUUCAAGAAGAUGAUGCUCAAGAAGCGGACAUGGAGAUCUGUAAUGACGAAGAAAAAAUGCAGGUCAAGAAGAUGGAGGAGGAGGCAGAUGACGGCGCCAAGCGAGCCUCUCCAGAACGUAGCAGCGGUGAGAUCGUCGCCGCGGGGAAGAAGAAAGCAGCCAUGUACGUGCCUCGCAACCAAGACGGCGGCGCUAUCACCGACGCGUUGGUCGGAGAGAUCAAGGCGGAGGCCAAGGGCAAGACGAAGAGAGCAUCUCGCGAGGAGGAAGAAGACGGUAAGGUGGUCCGCGACCGUGGUGGUGCGGCGAAUGCAGGGGCGGAGCGGCGGCGGCGCCGGGAGCGUGAGCCGGCGCCGCGGCGUCAGCUCGUGGCGGCGUGCGAGCGGAUGGACUCGUUCGACAUGGCGGAGCUCGUCCUCAGGUCCGGCCGCGGCAUCGCGGGCGAGUUCCUCCCGGCGCUCCGCCGCGCGCCGGACGCGCCCGCGCUCGCGCUCCACGCCGCCGGGUACGUCCUCUCCGCGGGGCCGCGCGACGUCGACUCCACAAGCUGGGACAACCUCGCGGCGCUCCUCCGCGGCGUGCGCAGGCUCGCCACCAGCGGCAGAGCCGCGCCACCGCUGGAGGCCAGGGCGAAGGAGGCCACGGCGAUGGCCAAGAAGUGGAUCGCCAUGGUCGCCGGCGAGGCGGAGCGCGAGCACCAGCGGGUGGCCUGGGCCCGUUCGGCCACCUGGGCGCUCCUCCAGUUCGUCGCCGCCUACGCCAUCGCCGGCAACCUGGAGGUGAAGGAGAUGAUGGUGUUCAAAACCGUCGGCGACAGGGACGGCGGCGCCGAGCUGAUCAAGAGCCUUGGCCUGCCUGACAGGGCUACUGAGUCAAUUAAUCGUCUGAUGAAGAGAAGGGAACACAUCGAUGCUGUCAAAGUGGCUCGUGCUUUCAAUUUGAUUGAUAAGUUCCCUCCAGUUUCUGUUAUCAAAGCAUAUGUUGAAAAAGUAAAAGAGGCUGCUCAAGACAUGGUUAGCAAGGACGCAGUUUCACUGCAGGCAUUGGAUCGCGCUAUGCAAGAGGAUGUUGCUGCUCUGAGAUCUGCUAAGGAAGCAAUUGAAGCGCAUGACAGUGGAUCUGACUACCGCUACACUAUAAUGCAAGAAGUCCACAAGUUGAUGAGAUCUUAUGAGAAGAAGAAACGGAGUUUAUCUUUUGGUUCCACCUCAAGUUCACAUGAGCACAAGAACAAGAGGCACAGGAGCAAUCAGGCUAUGCCUCGUUGGGAAAACCAAACCAUACCAGGUCCUCCUGUAUAUUUUCCAGUCCCUCCUCCAUAUUUUGGUCACUACAAUCCUUAUCACCCCUUUGGUCCACAACCUCGUCGUAAUUAAGUUGUGGUGAUGCUGCUGCUGUGGUGGAUUGACUAGAGUGAUGAAUGGAUUGGAUGAACAGAAAAAAGAAAGAAAGUGCACUUUCAUAAUUUUGCAGUAAUUUGUUACUUCUCCAGCUUGGCUGCAAUAACUCUUUUGGUUGUAGCAUGCAGAUGCACCGUUGUUGUACAUGAUUCAAGCUGGCAACUUGAAUUCAAACCUUAAAUAAGUUUCUUAGUUGUUUAUCUUUAAUUUUAUCUGUUUGUCUGUAAAUUACUUUGUGGGAGAAUGUUUAGAAUGAUAGCAAUUUUACGGUACUUGAGAAAGUACCAAGAAAUA